AACCCCCACCACCAAACGUAAACACACACACACACGCACACACACAGACAGACAGACUCGUGUGUUUCCUGUUUUUCUCUAAACCUAAGGAGAUCAUCAUGACACGGGACAGGCUGAAGGAGUUCCAGGAGCAGAGCAAGGUCCCGGGUGGCUCAGAGGCGACGGUGGUGACCAUGGAAGGCAGCGACGACCAGAAGGAGCUGCUGGAACUCCUCGACAAGAUUGGGCCGCUCUAUGACAAGCUGAAGGGCAUGGGGGAUCACGUCUCGGAGCUCCGGCGGAUGGUGCAUGACAACGACAGCCGGCAGGAGGUUGAGGACACGGUUGCCGGCAUCAAGGGUGACGCUAAGAAACUACGCUCAGACCUCGAGGCUGUGAAGCAGAAGGGGGGCAAGAGUACCGGCGUGGUGCAGCAUGUGGCCCGGACUCACCACUUCUCGCUGGGCGUUCUGCUGACCCAGGUGUUGCAGGAGCUCUCGUCCAUGCAGGUGGAGGCCCAUAACAGACACACGCAAUAUGUCAGGAAGGAGCUCAUUAUUACAGGCCAGGUCGGGUACGAUGAGGAGGAACUGGAGAACCUCAUAGAAGAGUCGACGGAAAUCUUCACGCAAAACCUGAUUCGGCAAACCACGAUGGCCAAACAGCAGCUGAACGACUUGCAGGAGAGACACGAGGCCUUUGUCAAGCUCGAGAAGUCCAUCCUCGAGCUGCACACACUCUUCCAGGAGAUUGCACUGUUGGUCCGGGAGCAAGGCGACGUGGUGAGCCGGAUAGAGAACAACGUAUUCGAGGCCCAGACCAAGACCGAGAAGGGGCGCAUAGAGCUGGUGCAGGCGCGGCAGAACAUGAAGAAGGCGCUGAAGAAGAAGUUCAUCUGCGGCAUCAUCCUGGGCGUGGUUCUCCUCAUCGUGGUCCUCGGCAUCGUGUUCUCAUUUCUGCCGUGAGUGAAAAGCAACUCUGACCUAACCUAAGACACUCCCCACUGCCCAUCAUGCCUGGACCAUUCCCUGUACCAUCACCUCGCCAGCCCCAUCACUUAUGUAUACCCCCCAUCACAUUUCCCCUUCCCCCAAGGACACAUACCCACUGCCCAUCAUGCCUGGACCAUUCUCUGUACCAUCACCUCAAUAU